AUGAAGUUCACAACCACCCUCGCGGCCAUCGCUACAAUCGCUCUCUCAGUCAAAGCAGCAGACCGCGUCCAAUGCGCCGGCACAAUCGACACGGCCCCCAACAAAGGCCGCUACGAGCCCUCCGGCUCCCUGACCGCCAACCUCACCCAGGUCGCCUGCAAGAGCGGCACCAUUGACGGCGCUCUCAGGGGCAACCAAAAGUGCUGCAUCUCCAACGACAAAGGCGCUUUCGGGACGGCGUGUGGCAAGGCCGCCUUUCCGCCCCAGUUCUCGAGCGGAUUCAAGGCUACGUUCCAGCCUUGCUGA